AGUGUGGCCACUGUCCAUGUCAGCAUCAAGGGGAGGAAGGAUGAGAUGAGUAAUAAGACCAAGAUCCUUAUCAAGCCUAAAAGAUUCCUCACCAUUUUCCAGACAGACAAACCAGUCUACAAACCUGGACAGACAGUCAAGUUCCGAAUCGUCUCGCUGGAUGCCAGUUUCUUGACAUUCAAUCAGAUGGACCCAAACUCCAACCGCAUUGCUCAGUGGUUGAACCAGUCAACAGUGAGUGGAAUUCUGGACCUGUCCCACCCCAUGUCCGCAGAGGCAACGCAAGGAAGUUACAUCAUCACUGCAUGGAAUGAGAAGGGAGAAAAAACCUCCCAAAACUUUGACAUCAAAGAAUAUGGGGUCAUCCUUAAAGGUAGUGGCAAGGCAAGCUUCACCGAUGUCAUCAUAACUGUCAGUUUUGAGGAUGUGCCCCAAGCAUAUAAACCAGGAAUUGCAUAUGAGGGGAAGAUCAAAGUGACCGGUCCAGACUCUAGUCCCAUUCCCAAUGAGCCUGUGUAUCUCUUCCUACAAAACAGUGGCAAUUCUGAGAACUGGACUCUCACCACAGACAGCAAGGGCAUUGCUUCUUUCUCUCUAGACACUUCUCUAUGGAGUUCUGAUUCUGUCUCUCUGUCGGCUCGUUAUCAAAAGGUUGAGGAGGAUUAUCCGUACGAGCAGGGUGUGCGUAGACCUCUAUAUACAUCUGCUUACCAUUUCGCAUGGAAAUUUUAUUCCAAGAGCAAGAGCUUUGUGAAGAUAAUGCAGGGUGAAGGGAAGUUCUCCUGUGAGAAGGGCGGUAUUGUUCUUGCUCACUACAUCAUCCAAGGGGUGAAGCUGAAAAAGGGACAGACGACCCUGGACUUUUUCUAUCUGGUUAUAUCUAGAGGCAGCAUUCAGCAGCACGGCCGUCUUCCUGUGGCCAUUAAAGAAAGAAAAGUUAACCAAGGGCAGCUGAUGCUCUCGCUGCAGCGGAUGCCUGAGCUGACCCCUUUUGCCCAGGUGGUGGUGUACACCGUGUUGCCUGAUGGGGAGGCAGUAGCAGACAGCCGAGACUUCCCCAUUCACCUCUGCCUUAAAAACAAGGUGUCCCUGAAGUUCUCGUCCCUCCAGGAGUUGCCAGGGGAGAAGACCUCUCUGAGCCUCCAGGCCCACCCAGGGUCUCUGUGUUCUCUCAGGGCCAUCGACCAGAGUGUGCUGCUGCUGCAGCCUGAACAGGAGCUCAGCCUAGACUCUGUCUUCAGUCAGCUGCCUGUUCAGAAGUUGUCUGGAUAUUCAUACAGGGUAGCAGACCCCUACCCAUGCCUUCGAUAUCCUCCAAGAUUUGAAGAGGAGAUGAUUAUGCGCCUUCCACCCGUACCAAAACUGGUUGAUGAGUUGGUUGUACCUGAUUGGGGGAAACGCUCAUUCUGGUUUGGCCCCAGCGACGACAAAAACGAUGUCUACAGCAUCUUUAAAGAAGUUGGAAUCAAGAUCCUGACCAACUCUGAUGUGAAAAAACCUUACGACUGCAAGACUACCUAUGCAAUGCAACAAAAUGUUAUGAUGGAAGCUCGUCCCAUGAACAUGAUGCCAAAUGAGGAGAGUGCACCAACCCCUGGAGCCUCUGGCGGGCCUAAGGAGACCGUCCGCACGUACUUCCCUGAGACCUGGAUCUGGGACCUGGUUCCUGUGGGACAUACAGGAAAAGUGAAUGUUGAGAAGACUGUCCCGGACACCAUCACUAAGUGGGCUGCAGGAGCGUUCUGUACUUCCCCAGUGGGUUUUGGCCUGGCUCCCAACACUGGCCUCACUGCCUUCCAACCCUUCUUUGUGAGCCUGACGCUGCCCUACUCUGUCAUCCGGGGGGAGGUGUUCACACUCAAGGCCACAGUGUUCAACUACCUCUCCAAGUGUAUCAUGGUAAGCCCUCCCAGUGUUGUCUCUUUCUUUACCUCUCCAGUGAAGGUAACUCUAGCUGAGUCGAACCAGUUCACAGCCAGGCCAUGUGAAGGCUGCCAGUACACACUGUGUCUGUGUGCUGAAGAGAGCAGGACCUUCAAGUGGACCCUCACCCCAACUGCUUUAGGGGAGGUGAGCGUGAAAGUGAGUGCCGAGGCGUUGACAACUAAGAAGUUCUGCGGCAACGAGGUGGCCACGGUGCCAGGGAAAGGACGCAUUGACACCGUUGUGCAAACACUGCUGGUGGAGGCCGAGGGAACCCAGGAGACGGUCAGCCACAACGCUCUGCUCUGCCCUGCAGAGGGCCCAGUGGAGAAGGACAUCUCUCUGAAGCUGCCUGAGGUGUUUGUGGAGGGCUCUGCCAAGGCCUCCCUCUCAGUACUGGGUGACCUGAUGGGUCGGGCCAUAAAGAACCUGGACAGCCUGUUGCAGAUGCCCUAUGGCUGUGGAGAGCAGAACAUGGUGCUGUUUGCUCCCAACAUCUACAUCCUCAACUACCUGCAGAGCACCAGGCAGCUCACCAUGGAGAUCCAGACCAGGGCCACAGGCUUCCUAGACAGUGGCUACCAGAGGGAGCUCAACUACAAGCAUGACGAUGGCUCCUACAGUGCCUUUGGGAAGAGCGAUGAGUCUGGAAACACGUGGCUCACCUCCUUUGUGCUGAAGUCCUUUGGAGGGGCCAAGCCCUACAUCUUUGUGGACCCCGCCCACAUUGCCCAGGCCAAGGCCUGGUUGGCCAGUCACCAGCAGACGGAUGGCUGCAUCGCGUCAGUGGGGAAACUCUUCCAUAACGGCAUGAAGGGAGGGGUCGGGGAUCAAGUGUCGCUCACUGCCUACAUCACCGCUGCACUGCUGGAGCUGGAUGGCAACACUUCUGACCCCAUGGUGGAGAAGAGUCUGACGUGUCUGAAGGCAGCAGUGUCUGACCAGCUGGAGAACACCUACACCAUUGCCCUGCUGUCCUACACCUUCACCCUGGCCCAAAACCAGGUCAUGAGGGCCAAGCUCAUCACCCACCUGGACAAGAUAGCUGCUACCUCAGGUGGCAAUCGUCACUGGGAGAGAGCAGAGGCUUCAGGGACGAAGACUGACUCUCUGGAGGUGGAGAUGACAUCCUAUGUGCUGCUGGCGCUGCUCUCCGGUCCCACCAUGCCAGGCUUUGGGCUGGACUACUCCACUGGCAUCGUCCGCUGGCUGGCCCAGCAGCAGAACCCCUACGGAGGCUUUGCCUCCACACAGGACACAGUAGUAGCACUGCAGGCCCUGGCCAAGUACGGUGCUGCCACCUUCAGUCCAGAGGGCGCCAGUACAGUCAGUGUGAGCUCGGCCAGAGGCCUGAAGAUGGAGUUCACUGUGAAUCAGAACAACAGGCUGCUCUAUCAGGAGGAGCAGCUGAGAGAGGUCCCUGGAGACUACAACAUCAAGGCAAAGGGCAAGAGCUGCGUGUUUGUGCAGAUCGCCAUGCACUACAAUAUUCCCCCUCCUCCUGACUUCUCUGCUUUCAACAUCUCAACACAGACGCUUGGGAAAUGUGACGGCACCAAGAAAUCUCUGAUAGUGUCUGUGGCUGUCAGGUACAAUGGUCGGCGAGAGGAGACCAACAUGGUGAUCAUCAAUGUCAAGCUUCUCUCCGGCUUCGUCCUGGACAAGUCCUCCCUCGGGCCUUUGAAAAAUGACCCCACUGUCAAACGUGUUGACCUGGAGGAAGGACAUGUCAUCAUCUACCUAGAUGGGCUCAAGCAGAAGGAAACGAAGACAUACAGCCUGGCCAUAGAGGAGGAUGUGCCUGUGAGGAAUCUGAAACCAGCUGUGGUGAAAGUGUAUGACUACUACCAGACAAGUGAUGAAGCUGUGAGUGAAUACAGCUCCCCGUGUGCAGAGUAAGUACAACCUUUCUAAUACUUCAUU